AUCCUUCUUCUCGCCUUCGCUCCACUGCUAUCAUCAUCAUGGCGGCCAUGCUCGGCGGUGGUGACGGCAUGAUGGGCCAGCUUCCGCUCGAGCAGUGGUUCUAUGAGAUGCCCGUGUGCACGCGCUGGUGGACGACUCUGACCGUUGUCGCGAGCGUCCUCGUCCAGUGUCAUGUCAUCACACCAUUCCAGCUGUUCUACAGCUUCCGCUCCGUCUUCUACAAGCACCAGUACUGGCGCAUUCUGUCGACGUUCUUCUAUUUCGGGCCCCUCAGCCUCGACCUCCUCUUCCACGUCUUCUUCCUGCAGCGCUACUCGCGCCUCCUCGAGGAAGGCUACGGCCGCUCCCCCGCCCACUUCUCCUGGCUCCUCUUCUACGCCUCCGCCGUCCUGCUGUGCAUUGCACCCGUCUUCUCCAUGGCCUUCCUCGGCUCCGCCCUCAACAGCACCCUCGUCUACAUCUGGAGCCGCAAGAACCCCGACACGAACCUCAGCUUCCUCGGCCUCUUCAUCUUCAAGGCCCCGUACCUGCCGUGGGUGCUCGCGCUGUUCAGCAUCGUGCUGCACGGCGCCGUCCCCAAGGACGAAAUGUGCGGCAUUGUCGUUGGGCACGUGUGGUACUUCUUCAAUGACGUCUUCCCGCCUCUCAACAACGGCAUCCGCCCCCUCGACCCCCCGGCCUGGUGGGUCCGCCUCUGGGACGGCAGGCCCCCAGUCGAGGACCACGAGGACGACUCGGACGAGGCUCAGGACACGGCGGCGGAGCCGAUCGACCGCGAUAUUGCGGCGGCAGUGGCGCCGGAGCUGCGGUGAUGUCGCCGCAGUUAAAGGCGAUUUUGCCGGAAGGGCAAGGCGAUUGCGUUUGUGCAUUAUGACGAGAUACCCGGCACAUACUGUGGAGUCUGAUACUAGGGCGUUUUGUUUAUUUUAUUUUAUUUUAUUUAUUUAUUUUAUUUUUUUUUUUUUCUGUUCUGGGAGUUUUUAAGGGCGCGACGGCCGCCGGCGGACUUUGGGUACGCGUACACUACACGGGCAUUGAGACCCCGGCGCAGUGAGUCGCGGGGUACGGCUGCUUGUGUCUCGCGCGAAAUGUACGUGCUUGCUGGCAAGGCAAUUGAUCUAGUUGGAUUUUUUUGUGGCUGCAGAUAAAUUGAUAUUGGUAAACAGUCAGGAUCUACCGAUAACUAUAGUGCGACUGUCUUUUUCGUGCGAGAUCGUCGCUGGUCUACGAGUACUAGGUGAUAGGUGAUGGAGCAUUGGCGUCUUCGCUGUAGGUAGGAG